CCUCGACCCUCCCGACGCGGCAAAGCAAAAACAAAGGGAGGAGAGGAGGGAGAGAAGGGAGAAGACGAGGCCAAAAAUCCCCUCCCCCUCCCCAAAUCCUAGCCCAAUAAUCUCUCAAUCAGGGGAUUCUUAGGUCUGAUCAGGUCGGAGGAUUCGGCAGGGCGCAGCCAUGAACGAAAAGGCGUCCGUCUCCAAGGAGCUCAACGCCAAGCACAAGAAGAUAUUGGAAGGUCUUCUACGGCAUCCUGAGAAUAGAGAAUGCGCAGACUGCAAGUCAAAGGGUCCUCGAUGGGCAAGUGUGAAUCUAGGUAUCUUUAUAUGCAUGACAUGUUCUGGCAUUCAUAGAAGCCUGGGGGUGCACAUAUCUAAGGUAAGAUCUGCCACCCUGGAUACAUGGCUGCCAGAGCAAGUUGCAUUUAUUCAAUCAAUGGGAAACGAAAAAGCAAAUAGCUAUUGGGAAGCAGAGCUGCCUCCUAACUACGAUAGGGUUGGAAUAGAGAAUUUCAUCCGUGCAAAAUAUGAGGACAAGAGAUGGGUACCAAGGAAUGGAACAUCAAAAUCUUCGUCCAGUGUUCGAGAUGAGAAGAGCCAAGAGUCUCCGGCUAGUGCUAAUAGGAGUGGACAUGGUCAUAGAUCUUCAUUUGAGCAAAACCGUGCUUCACCAGCUCUUCCGAGCAAAGUUGCACAUGCAGCUUCAAGGAUAUCCUCUCAGGCAUCACCUCAGCCCCCGAAGGUAGAAACACCAGUUCCAAAGGUGGUUUUACCUCCUCAGUCACAGAAAUCCCCCGCCAAAGUUGAUGCAACACCGCCUAAAGUUGAGAAGCCAUCGGUUACACCACCUCCUAAAGUUGAUUAUGCCACUGAUCUCUUUAACAUGUUGUCAAUGGAUGGAACAACAGAGAAAGAGUCAGCGUCAUCUUCAAACGACGAUAAUGGCUGGGAUGGCUUCCAGUCUGCACAACCAGUACCUAGUUCAGAGAAAAAAGAUUCUGCCAAACCAGCAGAAAGCAAGACCCAGUCUACAUCUGGAAUGGAAGACUUAUUUAAAGACUCACCAGCUGUGCCAUUAUCCUCAGCUCCAGCUGUUUCCCAAGUAAACGCUAAGAAUGAUAUCAUGAGUUUGUUUGAGAAGUCCAAUAUGGUAUCACCUUUCGCUGCCCAUCAACAGCAGCUGGCGCUCAUGUCUCAGCAGCAAGCUCUUCUAAUGGCUGCUCUCAAAGCUGGAAAUGCACCACAAAUGAUGAUUCCAGGGACUGCCAAUCAGCUAAAUGCUAACGGAACCUUGCCUUUCCAAAACUGGACAAAUCUUUAUCAAAAUCCUGGGUCGACUCCAGCAGCAGCACAGAAUGGUGCCACCAAGGUUGCUAACAACAAUCAGGACUUCUCUUCUGGUACCUUCGGUUUUGGCACACCUGGGGUGUACAACAUUAGCCCAACUGUCCCAGCAAAUGGGGCCACGACAGCAGGUGCUAUCAACAACGGCACUGCAUCAACUGCCUCUUCUACUCUCCCCUCACAAUCUGGCAAAGACUAUGAUUUUUCGUCCUUAACUCAAGGAUUUUUCACCAAACGAUGAGCGCCUAGUGAGCUUGAAAACCAAACAGACCACAGGAUCAUGUUGGACGAGGCAUAUUGAUUUAGGGAGCACAAGGGGCUUACACAUGCUUAUUUCGAGGCAGAUUUUCUUCUGGUGGAUAUAUUGUUGUUUCAUGACCUUGUAGCUGUCGGACAAUAAGAGUGGAAAUAUGCCGCAAAAUAGCUUUGUUGUUUCUAAAAGCGAAGAAUACAUUGCCGGUUAUGUCAACGGCUUUUACUCGAGGACCACCUUGUCAGUUAUACAAGUCUAAUGCAGUCUUUUCACUAUGUUGGUCUUGAUUUAUCUACGACGUCGAUACUGAUUACAGAUUGUUUUGUAUUGUAUUUUACGACAAUUGGAUUUUAUUUGUUUCUAC